UGACAUUUGAUUUAAUAAUCCAAACCAAAACCAUUUUCCUCCCACUUUUGCUGCUCUGUUCACAUUCAGAAAAACGGCCAUGUCUGAAAAUUUUCUGAAUGAGUUUGAAGACCAACAACAUAGAAAUGGGAAGUAACGGUGCUUUACCAUAUAUGCUCUUCGUUCUUAUUCUGCUAAUUAUAUCUGACAAAUGCACUGUUGAUGGAGGUGAUACUCUUUCCUUGGGUGCCUCGUUAAGAGGGAAUCAGACAGUAACUUCAAAGAAUGGAACUUUUGAAUUGGGAUUCUUCAGCCCAAACGGAACCAAUAACUGGUAUAUUGGCAUCUGGUAUGGCAAAGUGCCCGAGAAGACGAUCGUUUGGGUGGCUAACAGAGAAAGACCCGCAAAGAAGAGGCCUGGCGUUUUGAAGCUGUCCACACAAGGUACCCUGGAUCUCUUUGACGCAGAGGGUGCGUCUCUUUGGUCAGUCAACGUGUCCAACAAGGCUUCUCGGGCUGUCAUAUUAGAUUCUGGCAAUUUUGUAGUGCUGAGCAAUGAUAAUAAAUCUGAGCUCUCUUGGCAGAGCUUCGAUCAUCCUGUUGAUACCUGGUUGCCUGGGAUGAAGAUGGGCGGAAAGAAAAAGCUUGUCUGUUGGAAUAAUUCAUUGGAUCCAGCUCCUGGUCAUUUUUCUCAUCAAGCGGAUCCGUCAGGGAUCAGACAAUUUGUGCUAAAAUGGGACAAUUCUGUACAGUAUUGGGAGAGCGGAGUUUGGAACGGUAAAAUUUUCAGUCAGAUUCCGGAAAUGGCGUUGCUAGGCCUGUACAAUUUCAGCGUUGAAGAUACUAGCUCUGGUUUCUAUCUCAGCUAUACAUUAGCGCCUGCUAACAGGAACAAUGCGCUCUCACGUUUCAUCAUUCAUACAUCCGGAGAAUAUCAGCAAUAUGUUUUGCUUGAUAACAAUGAAUGGAGCAUGUUCUGGUCUCAGCCCAGAGAUCAAUGCAACGUAUAUAAUGCCUGCGGCGCUUAUGGAAUCUGCAACUCCAACAAUAUUCAGUUCUGCAGCUGCAUGGAAGGCUUCAUCCCCAGAGACAAUCGCUCCUGGAGUUUGCAAGAUUGGUCCUCAACUGGCUGUGUUCGACUGAGCCCCUUAAAUUGCGAUGCCAAAAAUGGGCGCAGCACCGACGGAUUCAUCUACUCCACAGCAACGUUGCCUGAUAAGCCCCAUUUCUCUGAAUACCCUGCAACGACAAAGAAUGAUUGCGAGAAAGCAUGCCUCCACAACUGCUCCUGCACUGCGUUUGCUUUCAAUCCGCCUUCAGGGCCAUGCCAAAUCUGGUCCGGGGAUUUACCAACCAUGCACAAUUCUCCAUCACAGGGCAAUUCAAAUGUCUUUAUUCGAGUAGCUGCCUCUACAGUUUCAAAGUCUGAUCCAUCAUCUUUGUCUAAACGCAAAACCAAAAUUAUUGUGGGCGCAGUGCUUGCAGGUAUAGCUGUAUUUGCUUUGGGUAUCUUGUCAUUUUUAAUGGGGCAGCGGUAUCGGCUACGAUUGAUGGAGAGAACUAGUGCAGAUUCCUCAAACUCUUUUCUUAGAGCGUUUAGUUACAAGGAGUUGAAGAUUGCAACUAGGAAUUUCAGUGAUAAGUUGGGGAAUGGAGGAUUCGGCUCUGUGUUCAAAGGAUCUUUAAUAGACGGCACGCUUGUAGCCGUAAAGAGAUUGGAGGGUUCAAGAAAAGGAGAGAAGCAAUUCCGAGCGGAAAUCAAUUCUCUUGGAAACAUACAGCAUAAGAAUUUGGUCAGGCUUCUAGGGUUUAGUGUGGAAGGAUCAGAAAGGCUCCUGGUUUAUGAGUACAUGCCGAACGGCUCUCUGAAUUUCUUGCUCUUCAGUGGCAACUCCGAAAGUAAACGGAAGGAACUCGACUGGAAGACCCGAUUUGAGAUCGCGCUAGGGAUUGCAAAAGGGUUACUUUAUCUCCACGAAGAAUGCAGAGAGUGCAUCAUUCACAACGAUGUUAAGCCCGAAAACAUUCUCCUAGAUAACGAAUUUACCCCAAAGCUGGCCGAUUUUGGGCUAGCGAAGCUUUUGUGUAGAGAUUCCAGCCACGUCCUGACGACUGUAAGAGGAACAAGAGGAUACUUGGCCCCAGAGUGGUUUUUCGGUCUUCCCAUAACUCCCAAGGUUGAUGUCUACAGUUUUGGUAUGACACUCCUGGAAAUCAUUUCGGGCCGAAGAAAUGUGGACAUGAGAGUGGAAGACUCAAACAAGCAUUACUUUCCCUCGUGGGUCGCAGCUCAAGUUUACCAGGGUAAUAUGAGUAAUAUUGUGGAGGAGGUUGUUGCAGUUGCAGAGGAGGCAGAUACAGAAGAGAUGAAAAGAGGUAUUGUUGUGGGGUUACUGUGCAUUGAAAAGGAUGAGAAUGUGAGGCCAAGCAUGGGGCAAGUGGUGCGGAUGCUGGAAGGGAAGAUGGACCCUCCAAUUUGUCAGAUUCCUAGCGAUAACGAUGUUAUUACUUGCACUAAUGUAAGUGGGGAUGCAAUUUAAAAUAAAGUUUUCCUGUGUCAGAAGUGUUUGAGUUUGGACAGAAUUGGACUCUUGCUAAUGAUGUUUAGGCUACAUGUGCCUGUCUGUUUCAGACAUGAUUUCUGCAUGCGCGCCUUCUUUAGGGUUUACUCCUCAUAUUUUCAAAUGCAUUACAGGAAGUCCGUACGUUUUCUUUUUGUGUUUAAAUAGUAUUCACACAUUUGUCCACAUUUCUUAUUGGAAAUAAUCCCAACUACCUCCUUGUCUCACCUAUCUAGUCUAAAAUCUUCUUAUGCACGAAAAUCUCAACUUUAAAAAAAUGUAUCGAAGAAAGCUAUCUAUUUGGAUUUGUUUGGAUCUCUAGUGUGAAAUACAUGUCUUGUUUUUCUAUAUAUUGUAUAGGUCUACAAUUUGUAUGCACUCUCUCAGUAGAUUUCAGCUCUAUAGAGUUGUAAGUUAUAAUCAGAAUAUUUGUAAUAUAUAUUGUAUAGCUCUAUAGAGGAACCAUGGGAGAGGAGAUGAAGAGUCUGUUUGCAGUCAAGAAAUAGCAAUCUGAGGGUGAUCUCACAAUGUUGGUUCCCACUUUUUCGUACAUCCUGAUUUUUGUUGAAAUCAUACAUUUUUUAGAAAAUAUAUUUAUUUAAGCUUUAA